GAAGUUUAGAUAUGAAUGUAGAGAAUUGUACCUUGUAGACAGGAAUGUGACAGUCUUGCCAACGUUUUUGCCCUAAACUUCCUUAGUGCACGUUAAUAACCGGUUUUCACCUCGUACCACCUUCUCUCUAUGUAUUACUCUACCUCUGAGAGUUUGUAAUCUGUAUAAUCUGACAUUGACUUGCAUGCCUACCCCCUGCCUGUCAGCCCUACACUAAUCUCACUGCACUGCACAGUGUUACUGUAUGGAUAUACAGGAUCUCCCCUCUUGUUUGGUUAAAUUGUAGCAUACCCUUACAAUUACAGACUCUGUAUAUUCAGCCUCUUUCUUACACACAUUAUUAUAUUUUUUAUGGUAACCAUGCUUUUCACCACUUAGCCAAGCUGCCAGUAUACUGAUCAUUUUAAUUUCAACACUAUUAAUUAAACAGAAUAUCUUAGUCAGAAAUUGUAUAAACUUCCUCAAUGCGGUCCCUCAGUUAUGUCCAGCGUGCAAUUCUAGAAUUCAGUGGCUCUCUUUUCCCUCAUGGAUUAUGCUUGGGUGAUGCUGAUAAUGACUCGCUGAAUGAACUAGUGAUUGGAGAUACCAGUGGGAAGCUACAUGUCUAUAAGAAUGACCAAAGUAAACCUUGGAUUACUCGUUCUUGCACUGGAAUGUUGACAUGUGUUGGUGUAGGAGAUGUCUGCAAUAAAGGCAAGAAUUUUGUGAUUGCUGUCAGUGCUGAAGGUUGGUUUCACCUCUUUGAUCUGAGCUCCAAACCUGAUGCCACAUGGGAUACUGCAAUUGGAGAAGAUCAGAAAGCAGUAUACAUGCAGCAUCUCCCCGCUAAUACCAAGCUUGUUCUGAUCAGCGAUAUAGAUGGAGAUGGACGCUGUGAGUUAGUUUUGGGAUACACAGACAGAGUGGUGCGUGCAUUCCGCUGGGAGAGUCCACCAGAUGCCGAUCUGGCAUGUGGACAGUUAGUUCCUCUCAAAAAAUGGCUGCUGGAAGGACAGGUGGAUAGUCUCUCUGUAAAUCCUGGGCCAGACGGUACACCUGAGCUAAUGGUGUCUCAGCCAGGUUGUGGAUAUGCAGUCCUGUGCUGCACUUGGUGUGAUGAUCCUUUCCUGGGUUCCGAAGGAUAUGCAACAGCUGAAAAUAGGGACGUAGCUGCUCGAGAUGUAAUCCUUCAUCAAACAUCUGGACGGAUCCAUAAUAAAAAUGUUUCCACUCACCUCAUCGGUAGCAUAAAACAAGGACCCUCUGCUGGGAAUAAGCAGCCUGGUUUGUUUGCCCUAUGCACACUGGAUGGUACUUUAAAACUAAUGCAGGGCUCUGACAGACUUCUUUGGUCUGUUCAGGUUGAUCACCAACUUUUUGCACUAGAGAAGUUGGAUAUAACGGGUAAUGGUCAGGAAGAAGUUGUGGCCUGUGCAUGGGAUGGACAGACAUAUAUCAUUGACCACAAUCGAACAGUAUUGCGCUUCCAGGUGGAUGAGAAUGUCAGUGCCUUCUGUGCUGGACUUUAUGCCUGCAGGGGAGGCCAAAACAGCCCCUGCCUUGUGUAUGUUGGGUUCAACCAGAAGAUCUAUGUGUACUGGGCAGUAAUGCUGGAGAGGAUUGAGUCCUCUAAUCUACUUCGAGUUUUGGAACAAAAACAUGAAUUUGCCUCCCUGCUUAAGAAACUUAAUGUGGAUGCCACAGAUCUUUCAGCUGUUCAAGAAUUAGUUCACCAGACAAUGUAUUUCCCCUACAAAGGACACCAGCAUCCUGCAGGCUCACAGUGAAAAAGAACUUCAUGGGUUAAAAAAAGCCAAGGGACUGUGAACACUCAAAUACAUGUGCAGAGAAGGCACUUGUGUAUGUGAAGACUUGUCAUUUCACUCACAUGUUUUGUAGUGUUUGCUAGAGGUGUGUCUAUAAGAGACUGCAUUAUAACACUGGAAGUUUUUUACUUUUUUGCCUUUUUGUUGUGUCGUGGGUACCUAGGGAUUGCAGUGUAGGGGAACCAACAUCUAAGCCUCUACAUAGGCAUUUUUUA